AAGUACUCUAUAUAUAUAUAGUAAUAGAUUAGAUCUCAAAAAAAUAAUGUAAUUGAAGUCCCCCACAGUCCACCACGAGUCCUUCCUUAGAAGAGAUCUACAAAAAAAAACUUUUUCUUUUUUGCCUCUUCCACAUUGUAAUUGCCAAAAGAACAAACUUUGUUCAUAAAAAUUGGUGUAUAUUACAAAGAAAAUCAUUGAUUUUUUUGUUUUCCAUUGAUGAGGUUUUGAGAUUUAGAAUGGACUUGACGAAACUGCCAUUUUCUGAUUCUUCUCCAAGAAGAAAGGUAGUUGUUUCUGGCUUUGGUUUGGGUGUUGCUGCUUCUUUAACUUUUGUUUGUAUUCUAUUGUUGAAGUAUUCAUCAAAAUCUCCAUUUUUAAUCCCUGUUUUUAGUUACAGUGAUAAUAAUAAUAAUAACAACAGUAAUAGUACCCUCAUUUCUUGGCCUUUCGCUUUCUCUAAUGCUAGUGUUAGUUUGAGUUCCAAAGCUUCACACAGUGGAAACUUUAGUACCAAUAAAAUUGAUGAAAGUGGGAUAUUUUCCAAUUUUGGGGAAAUUUUAGGAAAUCCCCAUGUCUCUGAAAAGGUAAAAAAUGAAAGCUUUCUUGUUCAAGAAUCAGGGAAUGGAACUGUUUUGAGUAUCCAAGAUUCCACAAACUAUAAUGUGACCUCAACUUAUAUUGAGGAUGUUGUGGGAUUAAGUGGUGGUGAUAGAAAAAAAGUUGCAGUGGGUGAGGGUAAAGGGAGUUUGCCUGUGGAGAAGAAUGCUGUGUUGUUUAAAAGUGAUGGAGAAUCAUUGAUUAGACGCCACAGGGAUUUUUAUGGGGAUUGUGAUGUAUAUGAUGGUGAAUGGGUUAGAGAUGACACGAAGCCGUAUUAUCCUCCGGGUUCUUGCCCUAUGAUUGAUAGGGAUUUUGAUUGUCACCUUAAUAAGAGGCCAGAUGAUGAGUAUAUCAAGUGGAGAUGGCAACCAUAUGCAUGUGACAUACCGAGCCUCAAUGCAACUGAUUUUCUGGAGAGAUUGAGAGGGCAAAAGCUUGUUUUUGUGGGGGACUCAUUGAAUAGGAACAUGUGGGAGUCCCUUGUUUGCAUUCUUCGCCACAGUAUCCGAGACAAAAGGCGAGUUUAUGAGAUAUCAGGAAGGCAUGAAUUCAAAAAGAAGGGCUUCUAUGCAUUCAGAUUUGAGGAUUAUAACUGUUCUGUGGAUUUUGUUAGCUCUCCAUUUCUUGUCAGACAAUCAACUUUUAAAGGGAAAAAUGGUUCUUUCGAGACGCUAAGAUUGGAUUUGAUGGACAAGACGACUUCAAUGUAUAGUGAUGCUGAUAUUGUAAUUUUCAACACUGGUCAUUGGUGGACUCAUGAGAAAACCUCCAGAGGGGAAGACUACUACCAGGAAGGUAAUCAUGUGCAUGGAAGGCUCAAGGUUUUAGAGGCGUAUAAGAGAGCGAUUUCCACUUGGGCAAGGUGGGUGGAUCAGAACUUUGACGGAAGCAGAAGUCAAGUUAUUUUUAGAGGAUAUUCGGUCACACACUUCAGGGGAGGUCCAUGGAACUCAGGGGGGCAGUGCCAUAAAGAAAGGGAACCAAUAUUCAACAAGUCUUAUUUAGCAAAAUACCCUUCAAAAAUGAAAGUGCUACAUCACGUCCUUCAUAAUAUGACUACCCCUGUCAUUUAUAUGAACAUUAGUAGGCUUACAGACUAUCGUAAAGAUGGUCAUCCAUCGAUAUACAGAAAGGAGUACAAGAGAGUAGAAGAAGCAAUACACUCUCAGGAUUGCAGUCAUUGGUGCUUACCAGGUGUACCCGACACUUGGAACGAGUUGUUAUAUGCGUCUCUCCUGAAAACCAGAAAAGGCUCUUGGAACAACUGAACUUUUUCUUUAUUGCUCAUUCUUGUCAAUGCAAAAAAGAAGCUGGGGAUGUUCGUGUGUAUUAGAUAGAUCAGUAUUGGAGAUGAGAAUAUUGAGCUAAUCACACUAUUUUUCAUUAUCUAACAAUGUGAUAUCUUGUAUUUAAGUAACAAUCAAAGCAUAAACACAAA